CUCCCCCACAGUGCACCGCGCUGCUAGGCGACGUGGCGGCCGGCGUCGGGCGGCGGCCCGGAGCCAUGAGCUCCUUCGGGGAGGCGGCCCCGCCGCCGGGGCCCUCCGCGCCGGCCCCGAGGGACGACGGCGUCACCUGGUGGUACCGCGGGCUCUGCCGCCUGGCCGGGGUCGCGGGGGGCAUCUCGUGUGCAGUUUCCGGCCUCUUCAACUGCGUCACCAUUCACCCGCUCAACAUAGCGGCUGGCGUGUGGAUGAUGUUAAACGCCUUCGUCCUGCUGCUGUGCGAAGCCCCUUUCUGCUGCCAGUUCAUCGAAUUCGCGAACAUCGUGGCUGCCAAGGCUGACCGGUUGCGCCCUUGGCAGAAGGCCGUCUUCUACUGCGGGAUGGCAGCUUUCCCCGUCGUCAUCAGCCUGACCCUGACCACCCUCCUGGGCAACGCCAUCGCCUUCGCCACCGGCGUCCUCUACGGCCUCUCCGCUCUGGGCAAAAAGGGAGACGCCAUCGCCUACGCGCGGAUCCAGCAGCAGAAGCAGCAGGAUGAGGAGAAGGUGGCGGGGUCGAUGGAAGGACAGCUGUGACGUCUCCCCCGCCGCCCGCUCCGUAUCUCCCUCCGGCACCCCGGGGCCCCGCCGCCACCGAGGAUCGGCGGUGCCGCACGGAGCCGGGACCGGGGAGCCCUGGGGGACCCCGAACCGCUUCUCACUCUGUUUCUCCGCGGGUUCCGGACCCCCGGGCCCACCCCCGGCCCACUCUGGGUCUGUGCGGGGCGGGGGUGGGACUCAGCCGGGGGGCACGAUGACGUGGGGAGGGACACGGUCGGGGGUCGUGGCUGUCGCGCUCGGCCACCCGAAGUGGAAGGGGGGUUCCGUGCAGGAGCGAACUCGGGUGCCCGGGCUCCCCGACCCCUAGACAUCGCCCUCUCCCCCCCACUAUCGGGUGCUCCUCCGGCCUCAACUCCACCAUCUAACCUCCUGGUGGUCUCGGACCUUCCCGCGGCCCGCUUCCCCCGGGCUGGCGGACCGCGUGGCGUGAGUUAGCCAGGAGGGUGCCCCCCGAGGGCGCGAGCCCCGGGUUAGAACUGGAGGAGGCAACCAUGCGGGUUAGAGGCCGGGCCGCCCCAGGCGACAAAGACGGAACAGUUCGGGGCGGAGCCGGCGGCUGUUCCCGGGUCCCUCCCGGGCCCUUCUCCCUGUUGCUGCUGCCGCCGUCGUCGUCGCUGCUUUCCCAGCUGCCGUCACCGGGUGGGUUUUCCGUGUGCCCGGCUGUGGGGUUGGCGUCAGACUUUACGCGACUCAUCAGAUGCUUGAACUCUCCUGCCGCCCAAGGGCGGCUUUUCUAGAGACUUGGAAGAGGGGUCCCGUAGAGCAGGCCCGCCGCGGCCCCGGCAGUCCACUCCCCAUCCCGACCCUCCGCUCCGCCGCUCCACCUCGUCCGAAAACAUCUCGGGCCCCCGUCACUCCAGGGCCGAAGCGUCCAGGCCGGUGAGUGUGGCGGUCGGCGGGCGCGGCGACUCCCAUCCGCUUACCUGUGAAGGGAGCGUCUCUUCUGGAGCUCUGCUCUGCUCAGGGGCGGCUCCGCUGGCUCGGUCGGGCAUGGGGCCCCGGGGAAUCCCCAUCCCCGACUGGGCCCGCCUCCGCUCUCCCGAGGGAUCCCGUAGCUCCUUGGACUCAACCCCUUUCUCGCAGGGCAGCAGAGUCCCACGGGCUGGGAGCGUGGCGGGAUUGUCGGGCCGGUGUCCUGCGAUGACGCCGACCUGUGCCCCUAGCUGCCCGUCAGCCCUGCGGAUCCCCAGCCCCCACCCCCAGAGCCUGGAGGAAAGAUUGCGGGGCAGGGAAACGGCGAAGCAAGGGUCCGGCGGAUGCCUGGCUCUGCUCUCCGUCCCCUUCUCCGGGCUGGGACGGUCGUGCAGUUUUGUAUCUACCCGGGCUGCCCCCACAGGGCUGGCCCCAGUGAUUGGGCUAGGGGUUGGAGUUCCUCAGACACUCAGUGAUACCUACCGAGCGCUUACUACGUGCGGAGCAGUUGGGAGACCCCCCUCUGGCCACGGGCCGCGUAUUCCCCUGGGACCCCAGUAGCAUCGUAGACCCAGAUGCCUGGAGGAAGUGACUUAGGGGGCCAGAGUGAAGGGGGUGGGGAGCUCUGCUCCUGGAUCGCUGCCUUGCCCGUUAAAUCCCCCCACGUUCCCUUCCGGUGCCUCCCCGUGUCCGUGUGGGGACGGUGCCCCGAGUGACACGCCGGGGCUCUGCGGAGGGACAGGUGCAGCUCCACUGGUGACUCGAUGCCAAGCAAGGGCGAGCAGCUGGGAGAGUGGCAUCGCCCCACCGGGGCCGAGCGGGAGCUGCCGCGGCUCCCCUCCGGGAAUUCUCCCUCCCUAUGGCUGAGGAAGAGAUUCCCUCCUCUCCCAGCUGCUUCAGGAUCUGGGUCAGGUCAGGGCGUGGCCACGGCCUGUAGUUCAGUUUCAAACUUGCAGAAGGCCCCGCCUCAUGGCCACGGGCUCAUGGCUUUACGGAGGGUGCUCCUGGGCUCUGGGGGUGUUUCUGGCCUCUCCCACCCGCCCAGACCACGUGGCCGUGAGGACUCGGAUCCUAGCCCAGACCGUCCUAGGGGGCUCCCUCCCCUACCCGGUUCCUCUUGGGUGACCGAACCCAUGGUUCGCCACCCACUCCUCCCUCCCUCCUUCCCUUCUGUCCCUCUGUGGUCCAGAGCAUCAUUUCUUUCCAUUGGCAGCUGUGGCUGUUGGGCUACUUGGUCUGCCUCCCUCUCGCCCCCCGCUCAGUUUCUCAGUUGGGACGGGCCAGCUCGGGGACAGCCUCCUGGCCCCAGCGAUCGGGUUAAGGGUCGGAGUUCCUCGGUCACUCGAGCGGCCGGUGAUACUUACCGAACGCGUACUCUCUGCGGAGCACCGGCCUUAGCAGCUGGGAGAGGCCCCUCCGGCCGCUAACACGACUCCCAACAGCCAGUGUCUGGCAGGUGCUCCUGGGUCGGUCCUCCCCAGCUGGACCACUGCCCAUCCUGGGGUUGGGGACCCAUCCUCCUAGGCGUCAUCGGCCAUCCUAUCUGAUCCCGGUCCCCAGAAGGAAGCCACGUCACAGUCGUGCUUCCUUUUCUUCCCACAGCCCCGCAGCGGGAGGUAUGGGCACCUGCCUUCGUUGUCCCGCGGCAUCCCCCCCUCCUGAGGGGGACGCUUGCUUGGUGGGAUUUCCCAUCCACCGCACAAUUCCCCUCCUUUCCUCCCUCUGUCCCCCACUGCUGCUCGAUUUCUGUUCGAGGGCAGAGCAGCGUUGCCUUGGUUCUGCCCGCGUCGCCGUAGAAACACUAUGACUGCAGUGGGGCGUGGGCCAGCCGGGAUGCGGGGAGCAUGUGGGGGCAGGGGUGACAAGUUGUCUUAGGUUUCAAGGAAGCGGGCUCUCAGGUGAGAUCGGGGACGGAUCCCGGCCCCGGGCCUCCGCACAAACGUUUCUCUUCUCACCUGCGGGUUGGCUCCGCCACCCUCUUCCUCCCACUGCUACGGGCCUGGGGUUUGGGGACCCAGUGCCGAUGUAGCACCCGUCUGAGCCUCUCCGUCAUCUCCCACCGCCUCGCGGGAGAGGGUGGGCCGCCGUGGGCCCCGGGGCGCCGGUCGGAAGUGCCUCGGACCAACCGGCAAACUGCCCCAAAUGGCUGUAGCCCACAGGGUGGCCCUGGUUACGAAGGCCCCAUUUGGUCGGGCCCUAGAAAUGCAGUUCUGAAGCAGGGAACGCCAGAUUCAUUCAUUCGUAUUUAUUUAGUACUCACUCUGUGCAGAGCACUGGGAGAGUACAGUACAACAGUCAACAGACGUAUUCCCUGCCCACAACGAGUUUACGGUCUGGGUGGGCAGGGGGUGCAGGUGGGGAUGUAACUUGAAGCCAGGUGGAACAAAUCUAGCCCCCCUGGGUGGCCCGGUGCCUGGCGUUCGUCGGUGCUCGGAGUGACGUCCGUUAAUCAGUUGUAUUUAUUGAGUGCUUACUAUGUGCAGAACACUGUACUGAGCCCUUGGGAGAGUACAAUAAAAC